AUGCAAGGUUGGAAGGAAAAGCUUUUGUCUCAAGCAGGAAAGGAGGUUAUGAUCAAGGCUGUAAUUCAAUCUAUUCCUACUUACUCGAUGAGUGUUUUUAAAUUGCCAAUCAGUCUUUGUAAGGAUAUUGAAGCAAUGAUUCGCAAAUUUUGGUGGGGGCAAGGUGAUUCAAAAAAGAUUCAUUGGGUGAAGUGGAGUUCCUUGUGCUCUUCUAAGUCGAUUGGUGGGAUGGACUUCAGAGAUAUCCAAAAGUUUAAUAAUGCUCUUUUGGUUAAACAAGUGUGGCGGUUGAUCCAUCAAAAAGACACUUUGCUCUACAAGGUGUUUAGUGCGAAAUACUUUCCUCAUGGGAGUAUUAUGGACGCUUCAGUUCCUCAAAAGUGUUCAUAUGCUUGGCGGAGUAUCUUACAAGCUCGGGAGGUCAUUGAGAAGUGUGCUAUCUGGCGUGUGGGCAGUGGUCAUGGGAUAGAUGUGUGGAAGCAUAGAUGGCUCCCAAACCCGACCUACAACAAAAUUGUCUCUCCAAGAAGAGAGUCUUCUGUGUCUCGGGUUAGUGAGUUGUUUUAUCCGAAUACUCGAAUAUGGGAUCCAGGAAAGCUUGAGGAGAAUUUCUAUCCGUGGGAGGCAGAGAUGAAACGGUAUCGCUCUUUUCGGGACUUGCUUGAGGCAGUGAUGCUGAAAAGCUCUCAGUUUCGGGUUGCUCUGUUUUGCACCACAGCUUGGAGUUUAUGGCAGCGACGUAAUAGGCUCAGGGAGAAGCAGCCAUCAUGGAAUCUUCACGAGUUGGGCAGUCAAGCUAAGGCUUAUGUUGUGGACUUUCUCAACGCGAAUUAUCAGCCCUCACAGGUUUCUUCUUGGCGUGCUCAGGUGUCUUGGUCUCCGCCGACAGAAUCAGUAUAUAAAGGAAACUUUGAUGCGGCUUUCUUUGACACAUCUGGUUGCACGGGUGUUGGAGUGGUGUUCCAUGAUUUCCAAGGCCAAGUGAUCACAGCUUUGAGUCAAAAAAUUCCUUUGGUUCAAUCGGUGGAGCUGGUAGAGGCUAUGGCUGCUCGUAGGGCCCUGUUAUUUGCCAAAGAGCUGAGUUUGUUUGAUGUGGAGAUAGAAGGGGAUUGUUCAAGGGUUCUUGCUGCUCUCAACAUGGCGAGGAGCUGUAGCACUUUAUUUGGUUAUGUGAUUGAUGAGUGCAAGAGUCUAGGGGCGUUGCUCUGUUCUUGCAAGUUCAGCCAUGUUAGGAGGGAAGGGAAUAGGUUGGCGCAUGCUUUAGCUAGGAGAGCAGUUAUAUCUGCAGACAUGGAUGUAUGGGUAGAAUCUCUACCUAGUGAUUUGGAUAGUGUAUUCUAA